AUGUGUACUUUACAAGUGGCCUGUCCUGUCCAAUCUCAGGUUCCUGUCCUGUCCAAUCUCAGGUUCCUGUCCUGUCCAAUCUCAGGUUCCUGUCCUGUCCAAUCUCAGGUUCCUGUCCUGUCCUGUCCAAUCUCAGGUUUCUGUCCUGUCCAAUCUCAGAUUCCUGUCCUGUCCAAUCUCAGGUUCCUGUCCUGUCCAAUCUCAGGUUUCUGUCCUGUCCAACCUCAGGUUUCUGUCCUGUCCAACCUCAGGUUCCUGUCCUGUCCAACCUCAGGUUCCUGUCCUGUCCAACCUCAGGUUCCUGUCCUGUCCAACCUCAGGUUUGUGUCCUGUCCAAUCUCAGGUUCGUGUCCUGUCCAAUCUCAGGUUCGUGUCCUGUCCAACUUCAGGUUCGUGUCCUGUACAAUCUCAGGUUCGUGUCCUGUCCAACCUCAGGUUCGUGUCCUGUCCCAUCUCAGGUUCGUGUCCUGUCCCACCUCAGGUUCGUGUCCUGUCCAACCUCAGGUUCGUGUCCUGUCCAACCUCAGGUUCGUGUCCUGUCCAACCUCAGGUUUGUGUCCUGUCCAACCUCAGGUUCGUGUCCUGUCCAACCUCAGGUUCGUGUCCUGUCCAACCUCAGGUUUGUGUCCUGUCCAACCUCAGGUUCCUGUCCUGUCCAACCUCAGGUUCGUGUCCUGUCCAACCUCAGGUUUGUGUCCUGUCCAACCUCAGGUUUGUGUCCUGUCCAAUCUCAGGUUUGUGUUCUGUCCAAUCUCAGGUUCGUGUCCUGUCCAACCUCAGGUUCGUGUCUUCCUUGUCCUCAUCCCGUCCCUUCUUCUUUCCCACCUCAGGAGUGUUACCAGCCAGGUCCCCCGUGAUACAACUCAGCAUUCAACGUCCAUCCAUGUUUGAGGACGUCGGUAGAUGACAUGGAAACCGGCCACAGUGAGCACUGUUACCUUCAAGUAGGUUUUGGUUUUAUUUGGGCAUUGUGGGAAUGGAGGAUGGGGGAUGGGAGUAAGCAUCUGCCUCUUAUUUCAAAAGUUGCAAUUUCAAAUCCAGAAAUAUACUUUUUUUGUUGAGAUUUUUGUUGUAAGCCUAUCCCAAACCUUAACCCUUCGAAGUUAAACACCUAACCGUAAGAUUUUUGAGUUAAUGCCUAAACAUAAUUUACAAACAAAGCAUUUGUGUUUAGUGAGUCCGCCAAAUCAGAGGCCAUAGUGAUGAGGAGAUCCUGUCAUGGUUUAACCCGAAUAGAGGAGAUCCUGUCAUGGUUUAACCCGAUUAGAGGAGAUCCUGCCAUGGUUUAACCCGAAUAGAGGAGAUCCUGUCAUGGUUUAACCCGAAUAGAGGAGAUCCUGUCAUGGUUUAACCCAAAUAGAGGAGAUCCUGUCAUGGUUUAACCCAAAUAGAGGAGAUCAUGUCAUGGUUUAACCCAAAUAGAGGAGAUCAUGUCAUGGUUUAACCCAAAUAGAGGAGAUCAUGGUUCAGUUGUCUUUUCCUUAAAAAACGCUCAGUAAUCGACUA